AUGGCCGAUCAACACAAUGAUGAAGAUGAGCACCAACAACAAAAUGAUGAAGAAGAGCCUAUAUUUGAUGCGGAUAGCAUGGACAUAUCGGAUCAAAUUGGGAGAGCCUUGGAAAAGUACACUCCUAUUCUACUCAAACGGUUGAAUGCUACAUUAGAAGGAGCGGUGAAUGACCACAUCGCUCAAAUGAUUAAAGAAGAAGUGGCAAUCAAUGUGCAACGGGAAUUUGAAAAGCGAGAUGCCAAGGAUAAAGGCAAGAAAACCGAGGAUGAAAAGGAGGUGGAAGUGACCGGGGAAAGAAUCUAUAAAAAGAAGUUCACUUUUCGAGACUUUGAAGUGUGCCACCCACCGGAGUAUCAUGGUGACCGUGAUCCCAUCGUGUGUACACGGUGGAUAUCCGAGAUCGAGGGGGCAUUCCGUACUAGUCAAUGUCCCUCUCAUUUGAAAGUGGUAUUCGCGGUUGGGAUGUUGAGAAGUGGUGGAAAGAGGUGGUGGGAUGGCUUGUUGACAAUUAAGAAGGGGGCCUUGGAUAAUGUGGAGUGGCCCGAGUUUAAAGAAAUGUUCUCUAAGGAGUUUCGGUCGGAGGCCGAAGUAACAAAGUUGAGAAGUGAAUUUUUGAAUGAUUGUCAAGGCAAUAUGAGCUUGAAUGAAUUCCGAGCUAAAUUCUUGGACAAGGCACAAUUUUGUCCGGAAUUCCUUGAAAAUGAUAAAUUGCUUAAAGAGCAAUUUUACUUGAAGUUAAGGAAGAAUCUUCGGGAGAAGAUUAGUUUACGUCAAAUGGAGUCUUUCUCCAUGUUGGCGGAUGUGGCUAGAGAUCACGAAAUUGAGAUGUCAAGGGUAGAUGAAGGUGUCUUGAAGAGGAAGCACGAAGAAACAAACUCUCCCAAUAAGCGGUUUAGACAAGAGGGUAGUUCCGGUAGCCCCUAUAAUAAAAGAAAUGUUCCAUUUUGCCGUCAAUGCAAGAAAUAUCAUCCGGGGGUUUGUAGAGCGGGAGAUAAGGCUUGUUACACUUGUGGAAAGUCGGGGCAUACUAGCCGGGAAUGUAGGUCCAAACCUCACAAGCCCGUGAUUUGCUUCAAAUGCUUCGAAGAGGGUCACAUGAGAAGCUCAUGUCCGAAAUUGACGGAGGAGGAGAGGUUGGAAGAAAGAAGAAGAGAGGCGGAAAGGAAGAAUGCACAAAUGCAUGGAAAUCCAAGGGGAAGGUCCUUUCAACUCUCCGUGGAGCAAGCAAGAAACACCGAUGAUGUUGUCACAGGUACAUUCCUUGUAUACAAUGUGCCUAUGCGUAUUCUCUUUGAUUCGGGGGCGAAUAGAUCAUUUGUUGCUAUUAGAAUGAUUCAUGUUAUUCCUGUGUCUAAAUCAUGUUUAGAAAAUACUUUGCAAGUUGAGGUUGGCAAUGGUAGGGUAGAAUUAGUAAAGGAUGUGUAUAAAGGGUGCGAAAUCAAAAUUUCUUCGGAACUCUUUCAAGCUAAUUUAAUUCCUUUUCCAAUGGGAGAGUUUGACAUAAUCUUGGGUAUGGAUUGGUUGAGCUCUUGUAACGCAAAAAUUUCAUGUGAUGAGAAAGCGGUGUAUUUGAAGACGUCUAAGGGCGAAGACUUGGUGGUUUAUGGUGAUAAGAAAGAACGUUCUAUACCCGUUUGUACCUUUGCUCGUGCUAAACGUUAUAUGUCUCAUGGUUGUCAUGCUUAUCUUACUCACAUCGUUGAUGUUGAGAAGAAACCUCUUUCUAUUGAAGACAUCCCCAUUGUUAAGGAUUUCGUCGAUGUUUUUCCCGAAGACUUGCCGGGCAUUCCUCCCGGACGGCAAGUUGAAUUCUCCAUUGACCUCAUUCCGGGGGCUAACCCCAUUGCUAAAGCUCCUUAUCGUUUGGCUCCAACGUUUGAAUUGCCAGAGGAUGCAACGUCACUUAUGAAGAAGAUUUCAGCUAUCCGUGAUGUCUAUUUGAAGGUGGGGGUAACCAUGACUGCGAAAAAGUGUAUUUUCAACCCGUAG